CCAGGCCUCAGCGCCCCCUCGCCAUUUUCCAGCCGCGCUCGGACGUCGCGGGUCGCGGCCGGGGCGGCGGGGAGAGGCGGAGCCCGGAGAGCACUGCCCGGGCCGGCCCCGCGCGGGGCGGUCGCGGCCGUGACGGCGGCUCCCGGCUCGGCUCCCCUUCCUUCCCUAUCCCUCCUCCCGCCGGAGAUGAAGGGAAGAUGUCCGUGUCAGGGCUCAAGGCCGAGUUGAAGUUCCUGGCGUCCAUCUUCGACAAGAACCACGAACGAUUCCGCAUCGUCAGCUGGAAGCUAGACGAGCUGCACUGCCAGUUCUUGGUGCCGCCGCCGCCGGGCAGCCCGCACUCGCCGCCGCUGCUCACGUUGCACUGCAACAUCACGGAAUCUUACCCCUCUUCUUCACCAAUAUGGUUUGUGGAUUCCGAUGACCCAAAUCUGACCUCAGUUCUGGAGCGUCUAGAAGAUUCUAAGAACAACAGUUCGCUUCGUCAGCAAUUGAAGUGGUUGAUAUGUGAACUCUGCAGAUUAUAUAACCUUCCUAAGCACCUGGACGUUGAGACGCUAGAUCAACCACUACCCACGGGUCAGAAUGGGGCAACAGAGGAAGUUACUUCGGAAGAGGAGGAGGAGGAAGAGAUGGCCGAAGAUAUGUUAGACUUAGACCACUAUGACAUGAAGGAAGAGGAGCCUAUUAGUGGGAAACAGUCAGAGGACGAAGGAAUAGAAAAGGAGAACUUGGAAAUAUUAGAGAAAAUCAGGAAGACUCAGAGACAACACCAUCUAAAUGGUGCAGUGUCUGGGUCAGUGCAAGCCUCAGACAGACUCAUGAAGGAGCUCAGGGACAUAUACCGAUCGCAGAGUUACAAGUCAGGGAUUUACUCAGUGGAACUCAUAAAUGACAGUUUAUAUGACUGGCAUGUUAAACUGCAGAAGGUUGACCCUGAUAGCCCUCUGCACAGUGAUCUUCAGAUCUUAAAAGAAAAGGAAGGCAUAGAGUAUAUUUUGCUUAACUUCUCUUUUAAGGAUCAUUUUCCAUUUGAUCCUCCAUUUGUUCGCGUGGUGUUACCUGUUCUCUCAGGAGGGUAUGUGUUGGGUGGAGGAGCAUUGUGUAUGGAACUUCUCACAAAACAGGGCUGGAGCAGUGCCUACUCCAUAGAAUCGGUCAUCAUGCAGAUCAAUGCCACGUUAGUCAAGGGCAAAGCCAGAGUGCAGUUUGGAGCCAAUAAGAAUCAGUAUAACCUAGCAAGAGCCCAACAAUCCUAUAAUUCCAUUGUACAGAUACAUGAGAAGAACGGCUGGUACACCCCUCCAAAGGAAGAUGGCUAACUGUGUUGACUGUGCCAUGUGCGGACCACUGUUGCUUUCAAGAGAAGCUCUCCAACACGCACGGCCUGAGUGCCCCAUCACAGCAGCACUGAAGACGUUAGCUAGUAGAUGUUGUAGUGGGUAACUUGUCGCCUGACAUCCAGUCUAACUUACAGCCUUUCCACUUUGCUCAUCUUGGGGAUCUUGGGCUGAGCACUGGGGCCUUUCUUCCUCCUGACAGACACACACUGGCCACUCCUUGUCUCUUUCUUGAUGAGGGAAAUCCUUUCAGCAGACAAGCCAGCACCAGGUGACUCAAGUUGUCGCUCGACUUCCUAUUUUGAAAGCCAAUGGGUUACGAGGAUUCGCAACAUGUUGCUAUGUUUAGUCAAUGAAAUUUUAAUCAAUGCUCAGCAUUGGCUUAGAAAAAUCUUAGGUCCCCUAAACCAAAUAGCAUCUGUCAGGUUUAAAACUCUUUUUUAUAAUACUGCCAUAUUAAUUACAAGGGAUCUGAUUAAACCGUCAAAUGUUUUAAUGCCAUUUGGUGAUAUGAACUAUUGACUGAGGCCUGCUCUUGAGUGGGUGAUGUACCUCUUAGGCACGGAAAGCCAUGCCUAGCCAGUGCAGGCUGCAGCCAGCCCACCCUUCCACCCAUGCCGCAGUCUGCCUCUUGCUGGUUUCAUAUUUUUUUAAGAAGAACCACAGGAUAGAGCUUGAAGGUGUUUAAAAUAUGAAGUCAUUUUACCUUUCCAUUUUAUUAAUGGAUAUUGCAAUCAUUUCUAAACUAAUAAACCUAAAAGGUGAUUGGUGCGGAGAUGUGAGCAAGUGUGGCACCAAGAACAAAAAGAAAAGCUAAUUUGGACACUUUUUUUUGGCUGAAGUCAUAAUGAUGGUUUUUACAUCAAAAACUUUCAAUUCUGUAAGACCUGACACAGGUCAGAGUACUCCCAAAUCAGCCCCAUUUGGUUGGGAACUGAUUUUUUUUUUUAAUUCAUCCAAGUUUGAUUUAAAAGGAAAUUCUAGAGACUAUAAGCACUUUUUAAAAAAAACCCAAAAGCACAUAUUUUUUUUUCCUGCGCAACCCUGUUAAAGUUCAGAAGUGUUUCUUACGCGUUUUCUUUGCGAUUCGGUUGUGAACUUUGUAAAUCACACAGAGACUUUUCUGUUCUUAUGGGUGUGUAAUCUCUUCUUCCUUUUUUGGCUAAAAGGACCGUUCCAACGUCCAGGUUUUCUGGCCUCCUUGUCCCCUUGUUUACAUUUAUAUAAAGGUCUGACUGCAGGCCGAGUGCUUUAAAGCAUUACUGUCCCUGAUUCCUACGGCUGAAUCUUGAAUACAUUAUCGAAUUAUUUCAUAUCCAGUGGCUAGCAGAUGGGCAGCUGCACACUUGGCAUGCUUUGUGGUUUUUAUUUUUAGAUUUUUAAAAAAUUUUCAUUGCAGACUUAUUUGGCAAUGUACAGUUAAAUCUUGUUAAACUUGCAUCAAGUUUAUAAAUAAAGAGUCAUUGA